AUGUCGGGAAUCUGCGAGGUGCCUCUUGCCUUCGACUCGGAGCUACAGCUGGGCCAGCUGCCUGGAUGUGCCUCCUGCGUGGACCAGGCCAUGGACGGCCGAAGGACCAAGUGCUCCCCCUGGAAGUGGUGCAGUCCAGGUGGGACGACGACUACUCCAGAUACGACUAUUAAAUUGGAGGAUCAUAUGAGUCUAGAGUGUAUAUAUCCAUCACCAGGCAUCUUAACACAAGCAGAAUGGUUCAAGAUCAGUAGUAGUACAUCGGACAGAGAGUCCAUGGUGAUUUUCAGACCUUUGUUUGGGACCAUCGUCAGAGAGUCGUAUGUUGGCAGGAUCUACUUUCUAAAUUCAACCUCGAAUCCCAAGGAUAUGACCCUUGCUUUUUACAAUGCCACGGAAGUGGAUGUUGGCCUUUAUAUCUGUCUCCUUCACACGUUCCCAUCUGGAUCUUGGGAAAAAAUGCUUGAGGUGGUUCAGACAGAGAGCUAUUUUGAGCCACCAGGGCCAUUUGAUCGAUAUGUGCUUGCAAACCCUGGAGAAGAAGUCACCCUCAGCUGUGAGCUUCAGGACGUCAAGCCAGUCGAAACAGUUGUGUGGGAAAAGAUCCAGCCCCAACAAAUCGACCUCCUGACUUUAUGUAACGUGAAGGAAGGGAGAGGCUCCCUUUCAAAGUACCGAAGACCCAUAUAUUCCACCUGCAACCAGCGGCUGAUAAGCAGCUUCAUCUCCAUUAACCACUUAAACAUCAACGACUCGGGCGUCUACCGAUGCAGCUUCAAGGUCAACACGGGCGAGAAUGAGACCUACCUGGCAAGACUGACAGUGACCACCCGUAAUGAGGGUAAGUGGAGCCAAGGCCAGCGAGGGUCAAAAUGGGGCCAUGACUGCUGGGCGUUGGUUUCUGUUGUCUUGUCUUAUGGCUUCAUGUGA